CAAAGAGAUCAGAAGAGAGCUCGCUCUCUUUCACCCCGAAUUCAUUUGUCUUUGUAUUUACGUUUUCAAAGCUACAGGUGCCAGGAAUCGAGUUCACCAGGCAACGCAAAUUCCAGUGUUUCUGGCUCUUACGCUAGGUGUGGCACCCUUGUUUUCCUUCUGCCAAACUCUGCAGUACUUCUGGUAUAGGGCUCACCAUGGCACGAGAGGAUGCAGCGUCACUACCCACCUUGAAGCUUCUAUUGGUUGGAGACAGUGCAGUGGGGAAAUCCAGCCUCCUACUCAGAUUUACUGAAGACCAGUUUGAGCCAUACCUCAACCCAACCAUUGGUGUUGAUUUUAAAGUGAAGAAGAUGGUAAUUGGUGACCUUCCUCUGCAGCUAGCAAUAUGGGACACAGCAGGGCAGGAGCGAUUUCGAACACUGACUCCUAGCUAUUACCGGGGCGCUCAAGGUGUAAUUUUAGUGUAUGAUGUCACCAGGAGAGACUCUUUUCUGGGACUGGACAGCUGGCUACAGGAGCUGGAGAUGUACACAAGGAAAAACGUGGUGAAGAUGCUGGUGGGCAACAAAAUCGAUGAGCCUGAUCGUGAGGUAGACAGAAGGGAAGGCUUGCACUUCGCUCGGAAACACUCCAUGCUCUUUGUAGAGGCCAGCGCUAAAAUGAAGGACGGAGUGCAAAGCGCCUUCGAGGAAGUCGUCCUGAGGAUCCUGCAGACUCCAGAACUGUGGAAUGUCAGAAAGGAGGGAGUGAAGCUGUCAGAGAGCCGAGUCCUUAAAGAGCCUGAUGCCUGCCAUGCAUAUUGUUCCAUUGCUUAG